ACCUUACUUUGUAAGCGUAUCAUCGGAAAACAUCCUAGUUAUACCAGGUCCUGGGUAUAGUCAUCUGAGACCAAUGAAAGGUAUAGUGGACCUGCUUAUCAACCAAUACAAUCAUAAUGUGACGUUUUUAGUCCCAGAAAGACUCGCAGGACACCAGGGUUUGAGAGAUCUUUCGGGCCAUAUAGUUACCCAUGAUAAGGAAGGGGAAAUCACAAAAGAAACUGAUAAACUUCAUACUAUUUCAGCAGAAAGAGGAUUUCAAAAUAAGAGCUUUUUAUCCUUAGGACCAAAGGUGCAGAGCAUAAUGCUAAACAUAACACAUACAUACUUGACGGAUUCUGAUAUUUUCAACAAACUGGAGGGACAACAUUUUCAAACGGUCAUUUUUGAUGGAUUGAUGUAUGUACCAUCCCUCAUUCUCGCACAUAAACUAUCAAUUCCAGAAGUUGUUUAUUGCUUUGCAUCAUUUUUACCUCACGUGAUUUACAGAGUUCCUUCGGAUUACCUUAGCAUUCCCGAAUUUCCUUUGUUCCCAAUUCCGGACCCGAAUUUAGUAACAUCACGUUUUCAAAGUCUGUCCCAGCGAAUAGGAAUGAUUUUAAUGGGGAUUUUUGGAAAAUCACUGAUUUUUCCUGACGAUGUUGUUCGUAAGUAUGUGUCAACAUCUAGUUUGGAUGAAUUUUACAAGAAAGCAAACACUUUUAGUUUUUACCUGAUGGAUCAAGACGAAAUACUUGAUUAUCCAAGACCUUCACUUCCAAACAUAGCAUUUGUAGGAGGAUUGUCGCUAUCAAAUUCACUGCACCCUCUUCCCAACCAGAUUCAACUCCAUAUCGAUUCUGCAAAGGACGGAAUAGUCGUUGCAACCUUUGGAAGCAAAUCCAACAUGCCAGUAAAAUUCAAAACUAUUUUCUAUGAAGCAUUUCAGAACAUUCCAGAAAUACAUUUUAUUGCAAACAUAGAUGAAUCCUAUUUUAUGGGAAAAAAUAUCCUCACCAUUCCUUGGUUACCUCAGAAUGAUUUACUUGCCAACAAAAGAAUCAAGGCAUUCAUAACCCAUUGCGGAAACAGUGGACAAUAUGAGGCACUGUAUCACGGAGUUCCAAUGAUUGCUAUACCAAUCUCUGGGGAUCAAAUUUAUAAUGCUGAUAGAAUAGUUAUUAAGUCCUUCGGUGUAAAACUGAAUCACAACACGUUAACUCCCGAGGGGUUAGAGAGGAGUAUAAGGGAAGUUGUUUAUAAUGAUUCUUACUCAAGAAAAAUAAAGAUAGCCUCAGAAAUGUACAGAUCAAAGCCUCUGAACGCAUCUCAGAGAGCAGCAUACUGGGUACACCACGUGACAACCUAUGGAAGUUCCCAUCUGCGGUCUGCAUCUCAUACUUUACAUGACUUCAAAUUCUUCGGACUAGACAGUUUUCUUUUGUUAUUCAUUUCAUUUUUAUCAGUUCUGUGUUUGGUGGUAUAUAUUUCCAGGAUAAUUCGUAACUGCUGUAUUAAAAAGAAACUUAAAUCAGAUUGAUUUAACUAGUGUUGUCUAAUGUCUUUUUUAAUACCUCAGGCAGAGCUGCAAGCUAGCCUCCCUCCUUAUAAGGGAUUAUUUUGUGUUCUGCUAAAAUACUCAAAGUAAAUCCAAAAUUGUGACAAAAAUAUAC